CACUGCUGUGUUUUUUGUGCUGAUAUAUUAGUCCUACACAGGUCAGAUUAUGGCCUUCCAUCUUAUCACUCUCACCUUGUGGUCUUGGGAAGUUGCUGUUUCAAGAACUGCAAAACAUGAUCUUCAGCUGAAGGAUGUUUUUAAGUUGUGUGUUAAGGGAAAUUAUCUCUUCUUCAUCGACGGUUGUUCUCAACACGUUUCCUUUUCCGUCCCCUUGAAGUUUCAAAAUGUUCCAACGAGAUUUCAACUGAAGCUGCGGAGACAAACUCAGCUUCUGAAAGCGGACUCAGCUUUUCUUCAGGAGAUGCGCGUUUAUUAUGCGGUGAGAGUGAACUCAGCUUCCUACUUGAACCCAUGACCAGGUGAUGGAACAUGUCUCCAAGCAAAGAUGUCAAUAACAAAAGCUUCCAGGCCUUUGAUCGACAGCAGCAUAAACACUCCCACACCCUUUAGAGCUCAGCCGGUACGCAGAGUCAGUACAGUUUCCUUUGCUAACCACAGAUGAGGCGUUCUUCACCCUCUUCAGUCUCUGAAGCUUGCAACAGAGACUGAAGGCAUCCGUGUGUGUGUGUGUGUGUGGCAGCUUGCCCGGAGCCUCUGUUUCGGGAUGAAAGCCCAGUGGUGGAGCUGUGUGUUGGGACUACUCUGCAUGCCGGCUGGGGUUAUACUGGAAACCUGGACGGCUUUCCAAACCCCCUCGUCCAUUUCAAACGUGAGGGUCAAUUCGUCGCUUGAGAUCAGAUGCACCACAACCCUGGAGAGGCCUGUCGGCCUCUCUCUAAAAAGGCACUUCCUCAAAGAUGAGCAAAUUCUGUACCUUAGCUUUCGAAAUGGAAAAUAUUUCAAGGACACUAAAGCGGAGAAAUUCAAAAACAGAACUGGUAUAACCGAAGAGCAGCCAAAUCAAGGGGUCAAGUACAGCUUCAAGCUACAGCUGUCCCUGCUAGGGCUGGAAGACACAGACUUGUAUUAUUGCAGGUGGACAUAUCUUGAUGAAGUUACAUACAAACACAUUGACCUGGACAGCAAUGGAACCGUCAUCAUCGUUAGAGAGGAUGGACCCGUGACAGAAUGCAGCAACAGCACUGUGGAUCUCACCUUGAUCUGCCUAAGCAUCGCCGCAUGUACCACCAUUUUGCUCAUCUUCGUCGGAGCAGUGAUGGUGAGGUGCACGAGGUUUAAAAAGCGCUUCACACCAGGCAGGCCUUACGCUCCUCCCUUACCUCCAAGACCUUCACGACCUCCCAGACCCAGCCAGCCUCAGCACCCUUACCUGCAGCAGCAGAACGUCCACCACUGCCCCUACAUGAUGACGUCCACCAACAACUACGGCAGCUGGGGCAAUCUGUGAUGCCCCGAGCAAAUGCAAACUGAUGAUAAAAUCUAAGGGUUGCAAGCAAAGGCCGCGAAAACUACUCCGCCUGAAAAUAGUGGAGGGAAUUGGUUAUGUUUUCAGUCAGCUUGUAGCAACACCGUUGACUUCCUUUUAGACACAAAUAACUGUUUUUAUCUGCAGAAAUGUGUCUCGGCUACCACAUCCUGAAUGAAGCGAGGCUGUGUGUGUGUGUGUGUGUGUGUGUGUGUGUGUGUGUGUGUGUGUGUGUGUGUGUGAGAGAGAGAGAGAGAGAGAGAGAGAGCUCUAUUUGUGACUUAAAACUGCAAAGCCAGCUUUUUUUUCUCCUUUCAAUAUUUUGCUCGUAUUGUAGGUUUGCUUGACCCAUUAAGUUUUGAAUGUACAUCAGUCUGAAAGUCUGAAAUGAAUAUGACCUAUUUACCUUUUGCCUAUUUCAAGAUGUGCAAUAGAUUAAAAGUGUUUCCUUGAAGUUGCCUCGAAGAGUCUUUAAGAACUUCCCGAAGCAUUUUAAGCGUUACUGCACAGCUGGGUUCUGUUCAGAUGAAUAUCCAUCUACGAUUUAACAAUCAGGUUGGGGAGAAAAUGUUACAAAUACUGAAACUAAUUUAGAGAGUGAAACAGGCACCAUUGCACUUUUUGUGCAGCAUUACUUAGAAUUAGACAGACUUUAUUCAACUGCACAUUCAUGAUGUGCAUUUGAGCGAAAUGUCACUGCAAAA